AUGGCAUCUUCUUCAUCAGCAGAUGAUACUACUUUUCCACAAAUGACUUCUCCCAAUGGAUGGCAUAUCAAUGAAAACCAUUAUGAACAUGACUCUACCAGCUGGUUGAGUAAAGACGGCCGUAUUGCCAUUGUCAUUGUAUUAGGUGCACUAGGUUUUAUUCUCAUCACUUGGUAUAUUGUUCGAAGCAUCAUUGGCAUGCGAAGACGUUUACGACAAGAAAACGAAAAGCAAUUACAAAUGAUACAGCAAAUCACUUCAACAAAACCACCAGGUGAUCUAUAUUAUCCACAUUCUCAAGUCAACCCACCAGCAGCUGUGAAUGAUGUAUCCUAUCCACCUCCUCCUCCCACAACAUCGCACCAUCCACCACCACCACCACCUCCACAGCCACAGCCACAGCUACAGCGGUAUUGA